GGCGUGCGCCUUGUGCGCUGACCUGUGUCCCUCCGAUCCGGCGCCGCCGGCGCCAGCCCACCUGCCGGACCUGGUGCUCGCCUCGGCCUCGCCGCGGCGGCUGGAGCUGUUGCGCCAGAUCGGGCUGGAGCCGGCCCGCGUGCGCCCGGCCGAGCUGGACGAGACGCCGCGCCCCGGCGAGCUGCCGCGCGCCUACGCCCAGCGGCUGGCCCGCGCCAAGGCCGAGGCGCUGGCCGCGGCGGAGCCCGGCGCCUAUCUGCUGGCCGCCGACACCGUGGUCGCGCUGGGCCGGCGCAUCCUGCCCAAGGCCGAGGAUGCCCUGACCGCGCGUGCCUGCCUGAAGCAGCUCUCCGGGCGGCGCCACCGGGUGCUGGGCGGCGUGGCGCUGCGCGCGCCGGACGGCCGCUGGGCCGAACGGGUCGUGAUGACCAGCGUCGCCUUCAAGCGGCUGAGCGCCGAGGAGAUCGAGGGCUACCUCGCCAGCGGCGAGUGGCGGGGCAAGGCCGGCGGCUAUGCCAUCCAGGGCCUGGCCGCGGCCUUCAUUCCCUGGAUCACCGGCUCCUACUCCAACGUCGUGGGCCUGCCGCUGGCCGAGACCGCCCAGCUUCUCACCGGCCUCGGCUACCCGCUGUUCCGAGACUAUCUGGUGCAGCGCGCCGACGGCGGCGCGGCCGUGGGCGACGUCUGGGCGGCGCGGGUCGGACGCCUGCAGAAGGGGCUGGGCGCCUUCCUCGACCUGGGCGACUCGCGGCCGGCGCUGCUGGACUGGGCCGACUGCCCCCGGGCGGCCACCGAAGGCGCGGUGCUGGUGGUGCGGAUCGCGCGCCUGCCGCGCGCCGGCAAGGGCGCCAAGGUCAAGCCGGCCGAGCCGCCGCGCCCGAUCCCCCGGGACGCGGCCCUGCCGCUGCGCCUGGCGCGCGGCGACGACCCGCUCGAUCUGCUCGGCCGCGACCUGGCCGAGGUGCUCUGCGACAACGGCGGCUGGCUGCCGGAGCUGCGCCGGCGCCUGCCCGAGACGGUGGCGGUGCGCCUGGCCGGGCCGCGCCCGCCGCUGUUCGAUCCCGAGCUGGAGGCGGAGCUGGCCGGUCUGCUGGCACGCGAGGUGUCGCUGCCCGGCGGCGGGCGUCUGCUGGUCGAGCCGGUCGAGACCCUGACCGCGAUCGACGUGGACUCCGGUGGCGGGCCGGCCGCCGGACAGGGCGCCCUGGAGACCAACCUGGAAGCGGCCGGCGAGAUCGCCCGCCAGGUGCGGCUGCGCGCGCUGUCCGGCCUGAUCGUCGUCGACUUUCUGGAGCUGCGCGGGCGCGGCCAGCGCGAGCGGCUGCAUACCGCGCUCAAGCGGGCCUUCGCCGACGACCCGGUCGAGACCUCGGUCUUCCCGCCGCUGCCUUCCGGUCUGGUGGAGAUCGCCCGGCAGCGCCGCCGGCCGCCUCUGCACGAGCUGCUCUGCCGCCAGGCCGGCUGGCAGCCCUCGGCCGAGACCCGGGCCUACGAGGCGCUGCGCCUGGCCCUGGCCCAGCCGCCGGCCGCCCGGCUCGGCCUGGCGCUGUCGCCGGACGCGGCCGCCGCGCUCGACGGUCCCCUGGCCGAGGCGCGCCACGCGGUGGAGGCCCGUCUCGGCACGCCCCUGCGGCUGCUGGCCCGUCCGCAGGUCGACCUGGGCCGCUGGCUGAAGGGCGGCUACCGCAUUCCCACCGAGGAGGCGCCGCCGGCCGGCGGCCGCGCCUUGGCGAAGCUCGCGCUGGCGGCGCUCACGCUUGGAACGGUCGUCCUGAAGCUGCUGCUGGCGACGGGGCCGGCCGCGGCACUGCCGCCGCAGACGCGCGAGUCCGUGGUCUCGGUGCUGCCG